AAAACGUCGCUCAGUGAUGUUAGAAUUGCGGUAGAUAUCGGUAUCGUUUUACUUCGGUUCUUCCGCUCGCGUAAUAUUUUACGUAAAAAACGUAGUUUAUAUUUUUAAAUAAGAAAGCCACGUGGAAAACUGGCGUCCGAAAAAUAACAAAAAUCGGUGAUUGCCUUCGUUGUCCAAUUUGUCGCCGUUUAAUCGCGACGACGGCACGAUGAGACACAAAUAUAUCAUAUUUAUUAAAUAUUUCGUCGUCGUCGUAUUCCAAGUUUACAUUACUUUCUGCAACGGUCUAACAGAACAGCCCAGAUUUGCCGAGCCUAUACCAAAUGUAACCGUAGCAUUGGGUCGAGAUGCAUCUUUACCCUGCGUAGUCAAUAAUUUAGGAACAUAUAAGGUUGCCUGGAUACAUAUCGAUAGACAGAUGAUAUUAACCAUUCACAGGCACGUUAUCUCCAGAGUGCCUCGAUUUAGUGUUUCGCAUGAUGGACAAAAAACGUGGCUUUUGCACGUGGCCAGUGCUCAAGCUGAAGAUAGAGGGUACUACAUGUGUCAGGUCAACACGAAUCCGAUGAUUAGUCAAGUUGGAUAUUUACAAGUCGUAGUACCACCAGACAUAGUUGACGAAGAAAGUACUCCUUCCUCUGUGGCUGUUCGAGAAAAUCAAAACUUGACACUUACGUGUAAAGCACAAGGAUUUCCAGACCCUAAAAUAAUGUGGAAACGAGAAGACGGCAAUGAAAUUGUUUUAGAUAGAAAGAAAAAAGUUUCAGUUAACAUGCACAACGGAGAGAAUUUAACAAUCACCAAAAUCAGCAGGACGGAUAUGGGAGCAUAUUUGUGUAUAGCGACAAACGGCGUACCACCGUCAGUUAGUAAACGUAUUAUUGUAGAUGUUGAAUUCCCACCAAUGAUUCUAGUAUCGAAUCAAUUAGUCGGCGCUCCAGUCGGUACCGACGUCACAAUCGACUGCCAAACCGAAGCACAUCCUAGAGCCAUAAGUUACUGGAUGUUUGGCGACGGUAUGCUGCUAUCAGCCAACAAACACGGUACAGAGAUCUCAGAAAAUAGCUACAGAACGCAUAUGAAGCUAACAGUAAAGAAAUUAACGCCCAGUGAUUUCGGUACAUACAAAUGCAUAUCAAAGAAUUCACUAGGGGAGACCGAAGGCACCAUACGUUUAUACGAAAUUACCAUGCCAUCGGCGUCUCCGAGAGAGCACGAAGCUAUUACGAGUAGAGCAAAUAGAGAAGGUUAUGUAGACGGGGACAUAACCGAGUCGUUGAUGAUUCAACCCACAAAACCCGUCCGCAGCGAAUUGGACAACAGAUCAGCGAACCCACCAAAGCAAGAAAUUUCGCAACCAAAAACAUCAGGUUGCCAACCAAUACCAAAAUGGCCUGUGACCGGGCUAAUACUAACAUUAGUUCUAAUAUGUUAUAAGAAUACGUAAUGGAGGGUUUCAGUGGACUACCGUUACCGAAUCUAUAUUACCAUUAGCAAUAAAAAUUGCUACCCUUGUACAGUCUCCCCCUUAAAUUUUUUACAUUACAACUUACGUCUCGACUCCAUUAUCUAUUUCCACCACUUGGCGUUCGUUUGAUUGUAUUUUUCAAAAUUAUCAUAACGAACGAACAAAAAUUUUUCGUUCGAUUCGAUAAUAUUCCCGUUACCUAUCAAUUUCGAUUCGAGUCGUUGAACGAAAUCUCAGUAAAUAAAAGAGAUAAAAGCCAAGUUUUUCAAUUAAUCGUUAAUUUUAGUUUUUCAUCGUGAUAUCAUUUUUAAACUUUUAUUUGUUGAUUUACCUCGGUUACUAGAUAAAUUGACAAUUUGGCGCGAAUUCCAUACACAUAAAGUGUAGGUAUUUUUUUUCUCUCUCUAUGAAUAUUUUAAUAUAGGUAACGAGAAAAAAAAUAGCGCGAAAAAAUGAAUCUAAAAAAAUUUAUAUCGCGUAUACUUUUUUUUAAAAAAAAUUUAUGUAAAUGGCAACGUUUUUAAAAGCUUUAUAAAAAUGGAUGUGCAUUUCAAAUGUGUACCCGUUUAUUAUCGUAAUUAAUUUUUUUUUAAAUUGUUAAUUUUGAGUUUUAAUUUUUUUUUCAAUUACGACAAAUGUGUACUGUUUACAUAAUGUGUUUUUCCUUUUUUUCUUUUUUUGUUCAAAGUGUAAGGUUUUUAUGUAUUAAGCGUUUUACAAAUUUCCCCGUUAAAUAUUGACUAUUUUAUAAAUAUUUAAUUGUUUAAAGUUGUUAAAUGUUUUAAUAAUUACAUUUUCCAUUUUCAUUGUCGAACAUUGUAAAUAUUCGCUAGUCAUUGGAAUUGCAUUUUUUUUUUUUUUUUUUUUUUGUAAAUCGAAAGUACAUAAUAUACGAUAUUUAUUUGUUCUUGAAUAUUUUUUAUCAAGUUUGGUUUCAAUUGUCCAUCAAACGUGUUGCAUUUCAAUACGUAUAAGUGCAAAUUCACGUCCAUGAAUAAUAUUUCGUUUGGUGCU